AAAAGAGAGACUUUUUCAUCCUGCUGAGCAUUGUUUGCCGUCUGGCGCAUGCCAGGCAAAACCCUGCCCCAUUGCAUUUGCCAUCUCGGAGCUGGGUGUUCGGCGAGCAGCUUGAUUUCACAGUGGGCCUCGUCAGCCGGAGGAAGCAAGACAUUAAAGCAGAGCCUUUCCUGCCGUCAGAGCGGGCGGAUGCCCCGAGGCCCUCCGGUUUGCAGUCCUGCUGCAUUUCAGAGACCUGUUUGCAAGUCAGUGCUGUGUUAAGAACCCUUCCAAACGGAGCAGUAACUGUGGGCCCAUCACUGAAGACUGAUGAAUGGACUGAAAUGGAGCAAAAUUCAGACCCAGACUCCUUCCUGAAGUCUGCGCGUCUCCAGCGCCUGCCCUCGUCCUCAUCAGAGAUGGGAAGCCAGGACGUGUCCCCUCUCCAGGAGACCAGCAAGGACCCUUUUUCUGGAGACUGCAGCUGCCGGCAGGAUGGGCUGACUGUCAUCAUCACCGCCUGCCUGACCUUUGCCACAGGAGUCACGGUGGCCCUGAUCAUGCAGAUCUAUUUUGGGGACCCUCAGAUCUUCCACCGUGGCGCCGUGGUCACGGACGCUGCCCGCUGCACGGCGCUGGGCAUAGAGGUGCUCAACAAGCAGGGCUCCUCAGUAGACGCAGCCAUCGCCUCGGCCCUCUGUGCGGGAAUCGUCAACCCCCACACGUCGGGGAUCGGCGGGGGUGGGGUGAUGCUGAUCCACGACAUUCGGAAGAACAGGAGCUGGGUGAUCGACUUCCGUGAGGUGGCUCCCCUGGGCAUCCCACUGGAGGGGGACCUGCAGAAGGGUACCAAGCCAGGUCUGCUCGUGGGGGUGCCAGGCAUGAUACAAGGAAUGCACCAGGCGCACCAGUUACAUGGGAGACUCCUGUGGUCCGAGCUGCUGGGCCUUGUGGCUGGUGUUGCCCAGGAUGGGUUUAAUGUCACACACGAUUUGGCCAAAGCCAUAAGUGAACUGAAGGACCUGAACUACUCUGACAAAUUUCGGGAGAUCUUCCUGCCGGACGGCCAGCCCUUGCUGCCUGGCAUGCUCGUCAGGCGCCUGGACCUUGCGGCCGUCCUGGAGCUGGUGGGGGCAGAAGGGGUGUCAGCUUUCUACAGCGGAAACUUGACCCAGGAGAUGAUCUCUGAGGUCCACAACUACGGAGGAGUCUUGGUGGAGGAAGACUUCAGCAAUUACAGUGUCACAGUGGAGAAUCCCGUCCACACAGUCUACCGAGGUCAUCUUGUUUUCAGUCCCCCACCUCCACAUGCAGGUCCUGCACUGAUCACAGCACUGAACAUCCUUGAGGGCUUUAACAUCACAAGUCAAGUAUCCAGGGGGAAUAUCUUGCACUGGAUGGCAGAGACAUUAAAAAUAGCCCUGAGUCUAGCUAGCAGCCUGGGAGACCCAUCUGAUGAUGUGUCCAUCACUCACGCUGCAGAAGGCAUGGUGAGUAAAUCAGAAGCUAAUUCCCUGCGCCAGCUGAUUAAUGACUCCCAGUCCUUCUCAUCUGAUCUCCGCAUGCCUCACUUCUCCGUGGAGAGCGGACCUGCUGCUAGCCAGGUCCUUGUCAUGGGACCCGAUGACUUCAUUGUUGCGGUUGUAAGUUCUUUGAAUCGUCCCUUUGGCAGUGGAAUAAUAACACCCUCUGGAGUCCUCCUGAACAGCCAGAUGUUGGACUUCUCCUGGCAAAAUAAAACAAUGAACCACUCCAUUCCCAGGCCGCAAAAUCUCAUUCAGCCUCGGAAACGGCCCCUGUCUUUCCUGUUGCCCACCAUCGUGAGACCGUCCGAGGGGAUGUGCGGGACGUACCUAUGUCUGGGAGCUAACAACGGGGACAAAGCCUUGAGCAGCAUCGUUCAGGUUUUGGUAAAUGUUUUGACAUUUAACAAGAAUCUGAGUGAAAGUUUGUCACUUGGUCGACUUCACCCACAGCUUCAGUCCAACACCUUGCAAGUUGACAGUGAAUUUCCUGAAGAAGAUAUUGAAUUUCUUGUAGCCGGGGGCCAUCAAGUGGAUAAAGUCAAAGUGGUCUCCCUAGUUCACGGGGCCAGGAGGACCAACAGUUUAAUCAUUGGCCUGAAGGACCCCAGGAGCGUGGAUGCUGCCGGAGCCACAAUAUUGUAGCACCUCCCAGAUGAUGUGUUCACUGAACAAGGCUUAGACAAAUCAACCCAAGUGACGUGCGUGUUCUGAAAUGGCCCCUUCUCCAUCCCCAGAGCAGGAGCCCCGCAUACACACUGCUGAGGAGACUUUCCGCAUUCCCCACCCAGGAUGACACCAGAGGGGUUAGCAGCACCAACAUACAGCACUCUGGGUUUUUUUUCUUUUAUUUUUAAAUUAUUUGAAUAGCAAGCAGCCCGGUCCUUGUUACAGGAGUGCAGGGAGCACACUUUUCUUUUGGCAGAGUCUUGCCAAAUAAUUUCAGUCUUUUCAAAAGCCCAAUUAUAGCUGGCAUCUUAAUUUUAGUGAGCAGGAACAUUAGCAAAGGAAAAAACAGCUGAUGAUGAUACUGUCAUCUUCAUCUCCCUGUCUUUCCCAAGUUCAUUCUUUGCCUCUUGUGUAAGCCAAUAAUUAAUACAGCCUAAUGUAGUGUUUGCAGGUGCCUGUAGCUGGAAUACUGGGGAGUCCUUUAAUACUCCGUAUGGGCCAGCUGAUUUUUACCAGCGUGCAGCCUCCUGUGUUAGUUCCUUUUCUCGCAUCGCUACAUACCUUAAAUUUCAGGAGUAAAUAUUUUGAAUCAAGUCGCUGCGCAGGCUCACUGGCAGUCUGAUUUUGUAACCGGAGCAAUGGUUUUCAGCUUCUAACAACUUCUGGACCCCCAAUAGUUCUUACAGAGGUUCAGCCUCCUCCAUGGUGAAUUUAAGCUUAGUGGUAAUGGGCUUAAUUUUCUUAGAUACUUUUUGGAGAUAUCUUAGCAGUACUCCACAGACUUGUAAAAAUCCGCAGACCAUGGACUGAAAACCACAUGGAGAGCGUUUAGGUAGGUUCAGGGCUUUCCUUACACUGCCUUAUCUGUCUGCUCUGAAAGCCUGAAUCGUGUAAUCCCUACAGAGAGGCUUGGGAUUUCCUGCUUACUGAACUCAUGCCCGUACUUCAGCUCCGUAUUUUGAUAUUAGUGGCUCUAUUGGAAAAGCUGAAGAGGGUGAGAGAGAAGGCACAAAACAAACCAAACACUACUGAGGGAAUCUUCUGUCUGCAGCACGUAGUGCAAAGUAUAAGAAUAUUUCUGCAUUUCUUGUCUGAAAUAGAGUGAAGAAAUAAUACCACAUCUGACAGCUGCACCACUUCAUUCAACCCACAUUUGGACAUUUCCUUCUCUUUUUACUAGCAAGUUAGACCGAGGCACCUGGCACUAAAAAAUUCUGGAAUUUGAUCAUUUUCUGUGGUCUAAAAUGUGAUGAUUUCCUUCAUGGUGCAAAUGCAUCUAUGGCCACUGUACAUAUUAUAUAUGUAUGUCUGCUUAUGGUUGUCUUGGUCUUUCAUUUGAUGAUUACCCCAGUCACCCCCAACCCUCCUGAGGGACCCUGUAACACCCAUCUGUUUGUAACGCACCUUCUCACACUCGUUGCCAUUUGAGACGGGGAGCGUGCGGGUCGUUCUGGGGCGGUCAGGGUGCUACGGCAGAUAAUCGGACUAAUCGCUCCUGCCACCUGCCAGCUGAGGAUCUCAGAGCAUCUUACGUGAAGCCUUGCACGUUGCACCGAGGAAGGACAGAGAUACUUUUAUGCUCCGCUGAAGCGCAGCCACCCAUGAGAAGAGCACGACAGCUGCCUAGCAGACGGGAACAUCAAUGGUAUUUUCUGUUACAAAUGCGUCAGUGGCCUCAGCUGAGAGACGGGGGAAGUACAACGUUGUCUUUGGGAAGUUGUCUUCUGUGCCACCACACUGCCCACAGGGCAAGAAGAGACUUUCUUCGCCACAGGGGCAUCAAAUCUAUUUAUUUAUUUUUUUGUUAUCAGCACUAGAGUUGGUCACUGCCCGAAGUCGGAGCAUUUAUAAAACUUUACGUGUCUUAGAGCAGACUUCUUCAGGUUUCACGGGAAGGGAAGGAUGCAGUUUUGUGCGUUGAAUCUCACUGGUGGAAAUUUGGGGUUUUCUGGUACAGUACAGCAGUGAUCUAUCCCUCGGGCAUGGAGGUUUACUGUGCACAGCUGCAAAAUAAGUGGUCAAGUCAUCGUUGCUUCAGUACUUUGCAUGGAAUAUCACAAAACACUUUGAAAGAUAAAAUUCCUCCUUGUUAACUGAAUUCACCAACUCACUUCUGAUGCUGGAAACUGUGUAUUCAUUUGGGAGUUAAAGACUCUGGUCUUGAUUCAAAAGGGCACUUACACGCCCCAAGGUACAAUUUCACAGCAGUUAUUCAGAAUCUUAAAAUAAAGCAUGUUCCUAAGUGCUCUGCUGGAUCAUGGCCUAUGUUGCAAAAAAGAGAAAAUUUAAAAUAAUUGGAAGAUGGGACUUAGGCCCCUAGGUUAUGGCUAAGAGAAGUAAAAGUAUUUUGAAUUAUUUCCCAUUUUCUCUGUUUAAAAAUGGCAUCAGUAUAGCACAGAUGUAUUCGAUAUGGAAACCUUUAAUCUGCUAAUUGGCCCAGUGUCUCCGAUACUUUGAGUCCAUCUGUUGUGAUGAGAUCUGAUGAAUUUAAUGUGAGGUACCAAGAAAUACCCGAUGUUUCCUUCUGUACAGGUGAGAUAGACAUUGUGAAAUAAAGGGCCGUAUUCUG